CUAUACUAUAAACCAACAAGUUUCAAUUUAAUUUUUCUUGUAGCUUUGUGUUGUGUGUUCUAUCUGACUCAUUUUCCGUCCACACACAUAUUAUAUGUGACUCUUGUGUCUUUAUAUGCCUUGUUGCUUCUCAUUCACUUCGACCUUUGUCUUUGUUGUAUUCAUUCAAAGAGUACUAUCGCAUUACUUCUCCACCAAUUGACUACAAAACCCUUUUCCUCUGUUCUUGUCUCUCUGUCUUCUUUUGCUUUGUCUUCUUCUUACUCUCAAAAUAUACUAUCAUGUCUCAUCAACAUCAACUUUUCCUUUUCCUCUUCCAUUCCUAUUUUGGCCUUCUCAUCUCUCUCCCUUUUCUUGGAAUAUUAUGUUCUUUCUAAGUUCAAGAAACUCAAUUGGAGAUACCCUUUUAUUUGUUUUGUUAUUUUGUUUCAAUUUUCUUUAAAGGUAUGGAAGGUUGCUGCAAUCUUGAAGUGGAUGUAAAUGGAGAAGAGACAUUCAUGGUGGAUAAGACUAUUGUUACUCAAUAUUCAAGCAAAUUGGCUAAAAUAUUUGGAAAAUCUAGUGGUGCAAAUGGAAAGCUUAAAGUUAUAUUUCAUGAUUUUCCAGGAGGUGCAGAAGGUUUUGAGCUUAUGUUAAGAUUUUGUUAUAACAAUGGAAAAUCUAAUAUAACUCCUUCAAAUCUUUUACUUGCACACUGUGCUGCUGAAUAUAUGGAAAUGAAUGAAUCUGUCACUAAUGUUUCUAAUUUAUUGGAUCAAACUGAAAAAUCACUUCAAGGGAUUAACUUUUGGACAUGGUCAGAAAUUUUGAUUGGUUUAAAACAAUGUCAGAAUUUACUAGUUGAUGAUUCUUGUGUUAUGCUAGAGAAAUGUUUGGAUACUAUUGUCGGAAGGCUUGUUUUGGCUAGCGAAGCUAGCCCGUGUCCGUCAACUUGUUCUAAUGACAGUUCAUCAGGGAUUCGAUUUUCGUGCGACUCGAAGAGUACUGAGAGUAUUAAGACUAAUUUUGCUCGCUCGACGUGGUGGUUUGAAGAUCUGUUAUUUCUGACUCCUUUGGUGGUUGCCAUGUUGGUUAAGUCGAUGCUUUCGAGUAAAAUGGAUCAUCAUGUUAUCAGUAGGUUUCUUCUUUAUUAUCAGAAGGCGAAAUUCUCGACUGCUAUGACGGACGAGAAGUGCAAGAUCAUAGAAAUGGUGAUAGAUAUGCAUUAUAUUAUGGACCGUAGUUCUGUUUCUUUGAAGACAUUGUUUGGGAUUCUUAGGGUUACUUUGUGUUUGAACAUAAGUAAAUGUGGUAGGAAUAAGUUGGAGAAUAUGAUUGGUUUUCAAUUGGAUCAAGUUACCUUAGAUAAUUUGCUUGUUCCAUCUCCUUAUGGAAUAAACUACUUGUAUGAUGUGAAUCUUGUUCUCAGAUUUUUGAAAGCAUUUCUGCGGCAAGGGACUGGUGCGGUCGCUCCGAUUCGAAUGAAGAAAGUUGCUAGUUUGAUAGAUUUGUAUAUAGCAGAAAUAGCACCUGAUCCUUGUUUAAAAACUUCAAAGUUUUUGGCACUUGCUACAUCUAUUCCUGAUUUUGCUAGAGAUUCUUGUGAUGAGCUCUACCAUGCAAUGGACAUGUAUCUUGAGGUACAUACUCAAUUGUCACAAGAAGAAAAGUUGAAGAUAUGCUGUGGUUUAAAUUAUGAGAAGCUAUCACCUCAAGCAUGCCUACACCUUUCUAAGAACAAAAAGUUUCCAUCAAAAUCAGCAGUUCAGGCUCUCAUAUCUGAACAAUCUAAGCUAAAAAAUUUACUCCAUGCUACUACUACUCCUAUUUCAACUCCAUACAAUGAAUCUCUGUGUGGUUCUAGUAGUGCUUCUCAAAAGGGUAAAAAAGACAAAACAAGUGAACAACUCGUGUUGUAUGCUGGUAAUUUUGAUAUUCAACCUGAUAAUGAGAAACUUAGAGCACAUUUGCAAGGAAUGCAAUGGAGGGUUAUGGAGUUAGAGAAAAUCUGUAGGAAAAUGCAAACUCAGAUGGCUAAGAUGACAAAAUCAAAAGCUUCAGGACAUAGUUAUGCAAAAUCUUUGCCAAAGCUCUGUUCAUGACUCUUGUAUUUUUAUUUUUUAUUUUUAUUUUUAUUUUGUAAUUUUUUUAUAUAUGUACAGCAAAGUUAGUUUUGUGUGUGUUGUAGUUUAUGUUUAGGUGAGGUUGAUUGUCUAAGAACAUUGCUAUUUGAUUGUAUAGUUACUAAAUAAUGGAAGAGUUUGCAAAUCCAUGAA